AUGCUGCCGGUUUCUGUACUGUUUGCGUUCCUGGUAUCGGCCACGGCUGUUCCCGUUCCAUCGGUUGACAGUCAGGUUUCUCACAACCCAGUCGCCAAAAACGUUGUCAGACUUGGAGAUUUCUGCUCUGGAGUGCUGCUUUCAGAGCGCAUAGUGCUGACAGCCGCCCAUUGUUUUGCCUUCGGACCACAGUGGGUUAUUAUAUGACAUUAUGACGAUUUUUUUUGGAUAUGUGACUGUCGUCUCAGCAAGAUUACAUUGUUAGUAUAACAGGCAGCUUUUCCAGCCGGACCGACUUUACAGUGACAAUUGGAGGCCAAAAAAGCGAUGUUGCGAAGAGCUACGUAAACUACGUAUAUUUACAAAAAUUUUCUAGGAGGUAUAUCAUCCCCUAACAUUCAGAGUUGAUUCAUUUUGUAAAUUUUUUGCGGAAGGCAGCGUCAUGACUGAAAAAAAUCCCUAAAAUUAACAAGGAAAGUUUUGGAGAAUAGACUUUUUUUACAUAUUAAGCUUUACUCACUGGUCAACUGGAAGUAAAGCAUUAGCUUCAGUACACCAAAAGGUUUCAUGUACUAAACGCCCUUUUGAGUGCCUACCGCAUAGCGAUCAGAAAGGAAAAACUCUGGAUUUCUGGGGUUGGUAUGCCCUUGAAACGAUGACAAUUUCAGAGUUGUAAGUUGAACCCUUCAACCAAACGUUAGAAAUAAAUAAAAACUUUAGACCGGCUGUCAUGACACUGCGAUUGUUCUUCUGAAAGAUCCCAUACACGUGCCACAACAAUUACCUCUUGCCUGUGGGAUCCAAUGGGCUUCCAACUGCAGUGGGUACGGCUACGGUAUCACAGAGGGUAAGGCUGUUUAAAGUAGGUUAGAAAAUCGCGCUUUCUUUGCAGAUUCAAACAAUGAAUUAGUCCGCGAAGUGCGCGAGGUCAGCUUUAAAGAUGUAGUAGGAGGGGCAGAUGCUUGUUACAACACAACAUACACGUCCAAGGCAAAAAUUUGCAAAGUAAGAAUAUUGCAUGCCUUAGUCAAUAGUGCACCAAAUACAAACAAAUCCUAGGGGGAUUCCGGUGGUCCGGCCAUCUGCAAUGUCGGUGGACAAUCCGUGAUCAUUGGAGUUAAUACAAACAUGUUGAACUCAGUUGUCUAUAAGGACAAAGCGAAGCAAUGCAGAGGAGCCCCAGGCUCUGGGAUGACCAAUUCCCUUGGAGUAGUUGAGUUGAUCGAUCAGAUCCCCGAUGAUGACCGAAAGUACAUUUUGGACAACAUUAAGACUGUCGGCUGCUAUAAUUAA